AUGCAGAUUAUUGAGGGCGCAUGUGAAGCACAGCUCAAUCUGGAUGAUAAUCGUUUGGUGAAGAACUGCAUCUCCGCUCACAUAUAUGAUUCUGGUCCAGUCAAUUUUACCAGUGACUUUGGUGCCCGUUUUGCUCUACACCCCACUAUUUUCAGAAUGCCUGGUUCAGCCAAACAAGUGUCAUUGGUUGCAAAACGUGUUGCUUCUGUUCUGGAUGCCCUAUUUCUCACAAGUUUUGGAUCCCGGGGUGCCUCAAAAGUUUUUGAAAAGUUUGGGGCACAAUAUCUCAUUCUAUGCUCAGAAAGUGACAAUCUUGCUAAAAUUUCAGUCAUUUGCAAUUUUGCUCAGCAUUUCCAAGAUCUCGGGGCAGUUGUAAAACUUGUGAAAUGGAAUAGGUCUCCUCAUGUAGCUAUUUGCUUGGAUUUUGUACCAUGGAUAGUGAGGUGGUUUUUUGACAAGCGCAGACUGAAACUCAAGUACUAG